GCGGAUCAAGACACGUGAAAAGCGAUAAGGUUUCUUGUUUCCCUUUUUCUCUCGAUACUGCGCUAGACUGACUGAGAUCUUGUGAAUCGAGUGAUCAGGAAGGUUGUCGUUGUGGUGGUGGAGUGGAAUUUCCGGCGCCAUGAGUGUACCGGACCUCGAGAACCUGCCGCCUUCCGGCGAGCAAACGGAUCGUUGUUGCGAUUUCUGCAACGAGCCAAAAGCUCUCCUCUACUGCCGAGCUGAUUCGGCGAAGCUUUGUUUAAAUUGCGAUCGUGAAGUGCACUCCACGAAUCAGCUCUUCAAGAAGCACAGCCGCGCGCUUCUCUGCGAUUCCUGCAAUUCUGCGCCUUCAACGAUUUUUUGCCGCACGGACUCCGUGGUGCUCUGUCAGAAUUGCGAUUGGGAGACGCACAAGAAUUUUGGUGCUGUUCAUGAUCGGAGGCCUAUUGAGGGGUUUAAUGGCUGCCCGUCCGUGGCUGAGAUGUUGAAUUUUUUAGGUUUGGAGGAUUUGGGGAAAAAAAGCUUGGUUGUUGUCGAUGAAGGGAAUGCCGAGGGUUUGAUGAAUUUAUUGGUUUGGGAGACUCCUUCUGUUGUGAGCCUCGAUGAUUUGAUUUCCUCGAAUGAUUCUGUUGAUUCUGGUGGCCAUAGUUUUCAGGCAAUGGGAGUUCCUCCAUUGCCUAAGAAUCGAAAUGCCGUUUGUGGUAAGCAUAAACAAGAGAUACUCUUCCAGCUUCGUGAAAUGGCCAAAAAGGAACCUAACUUCAGUGGUUCUCUGGAGGGGAUUGAAUUUCAGCCACAAUUACCAGAAAAGUGUGAAUUGAGGGACAGUAGCCAUGGCUAUGGGAAUAAUACAGAGCCAAUGUCGAUGCCCUCGUAUGAGGAUGGCGAUUUGAAGUGGUAUGAUUUUACCAGCGGGGUUCAAGACGAGGGAUUUCCUUCCACAUUUGUCGACAGCUUGCUUGAGACAAACCACGUGGUGCCCGACAAGGAUUCAGAUGCUUGUGAAGGUGCAGGUAGUUUCCAAGAACUUCAUCCCGAUGUUCUUGUCGAUUCCAAGCCUUUUCAACCACUUCCUUCGACUGGAUUGCGCGAAUUAAACAGUCAGGAAAGAGAUCAUGCGAUCACGCGGUACAAAGAGAAGAAGAAAACAAGAAGGUACGACAAGCACAUCAGAUACGAAUCGAGGAAAAUACGCGCAGAAAGUAGGACAAGAAUAAAGGGUCGAUUUGCAAAGAUGAAUGCGAACAGGAUGUGAUGCGUGGUAGCAACUAGCAAUUCUUGUGCAUUGUUUUCAUUCUCGAUUCUUGCUGUUAAAUGAGACUUAUGUAUUGUUUUUGUUGUAUGAUAACCCUCUGCUAAUCUGUAAGACUGCGAACAUGUUAUAUUGUAAUCGCCAUUUCCGGGCUGUAUAAAUGGUCGCCGUGUUUAUCUCGA